AUGGUACAAACAGCCACCGACCCUGCGGCUUCAUCCGCAGCCAAUGCGGUCGCCACGAGCAAAACUCCUUCAUCAGCCAACAGCAGUCGAUCUGCCUCUACAGCGGCUUCCUCCGUUGACCAACCUGCUGGCGGCGACGCAGUCAUCAUCGUCGGCGGCGGCCUGGCUGGGCUGGCGGCGGCGUACGAAAUCACGCGUGGCGGCCGCAAGGUGAUAAUAGUCGACCAGGAGCCGGAGCAGAACCUCGGUGGCCAGGCGUGGUGGUCGCUUGGUGGCUUGUUUCUCAUCGACACGCCCGAGCAGCGACGCCUAGGCAUCAAAGACACGUAUGAACUCGCUCGGCGCGACUGGUUCAAUAGCGCGCAAUUUGACAAAAUCGAUACGGAAGACAAGUGGGCUGUGCAAUGGGCCGAAGAGUAUCUCAAGUUUGCCGCAGGCCCAAUGAGAGAAUACCUCAGCAAACUCGGCAUCAAGCUUACCUUCAACGUCGGCUGGGCAGAGCGCGGGAGUGGCGACGCAAGCGGACACGGUAACUCUGUCCCUCGCUUCCAUGUCGCGUGGGGUACCGGUACGGACAUUGUGCGCGUAUUCAGAGAUCCAGUUCUGGCUGCAGCGAAGGAUGGCCUUGUCGAGUUCAAGUUCCGGCAUCGAGUCGACGAGCUGCUGCUAGAAGAUGGAAAGUGCGUGGGCGUUAAGGGGGUCGUGCUAGAACCGUCAGAUGUCGAGCGCGGUGCCCAGUCCUCUCGCAAAAUCGUCGGCGAUUUCCAAUUGAAGGGACGUGCGGUCGUUGUCUCGUCUGGUGGCAUUGGAGGCAGCCCAGAUCUGAUCCGCGAGAUGUGGCCGCAAGAUAAGCUUGGGAAAUGCCCCCAGAACAUGGUGCUUGGCGUACCUCAUCACGUGGACGGAAGGAUGCUCAAGAUUUCCCAGCACGCGGGUGCACGGGCUGUCAAUGCAGGGCGGUUCUGGUUCUACACAGAAGGCAUGAAGAAUUGGAACCCCAUUUGGCCCAACCACGGCAUCCGUGUCAUUCCGGGGCCCUCGUCGCUAUGGCUCGACGCGACAGGCAAGCGACUUCCGGCGCCAUUGUUCCCCGGAUGCGACACGAUUGCGACGUUCAAGCAUAUCCUCAAGACUGGGUACGACUACACAUGGUUUGUUCUCGACCAGACCAUCAUUCAAAAAGAAUUUGCCUUGUCCGGCAGUGAGCAGAACCCGGACCUGACGGGCAAGAGUUUGUUGAUGUUGCUCUCGCGCGUGCUCCGGGGGGCCGAACCGGUGAAGAAGUUCAUGCAGCACGGCGAAGACUUUGUCGUGCGGGACACGCUUGACGAGCUUGUUGUCGGAAUGAACGAGUUGGCGACCAAGUCCGGGCGGGGGCCCUCGGAGCCGAUCAAGUACGAGGACGUGCUCAAGAUCGUGCAGGACCGCGACGAGCAGGUCCCGAACGGGUACAGUAAGGACGCGCAGAUGAUGCUCAUCAAUAAUGCGCGCUCGUACUGGGCCGAGCGCAUCGGUCGUGUGGCCAAGCCGCACAGAAUCCUAGACCCGGCGCACAAGCCUCUCAUCGCGGUGCGCAUGAACUUGAUUUCACGCAAGACGCUUGGCGGGCUGCAGACCAAUCUGGACGCGCAGGUGCUACGCGAGGAUGGCGAGACGCCCAUCGAGGGACUCUACGCUGCUGGGGAGGUCGCCGGGUUUGGAGGCGGCGGUGUCAUGGGCUACAACGCGCUCGAAGGCUCGUUCUUGACUGGCUGCAUCUUCAGUGGGCGUGCGGCUGGCCUGGCACUUGCCAAGGCGUAA